AUGAAGUUCUAUAUCGAUGAUCUACCAGUGCUGUUCCCAUAUCCUAAGAUAUAUCCUGAACAGUAUCAUUAUAUGUGUGAUUUAAAGAAGACGUUAGAUGCUGGUGGUAAUAGUAUUCUAGAAAUGCCCUCCGGAACAGGGAAAACCGUCUCUUUGUUGUCCCUGACCAUCGCUUACCAGAUGCAUUAUCCAGAACAUAGAAAAAUUAUUUAUUGUUCACGUACCAUGUCAGAAAUUGAAAAGGCUCUAGUGGAAUUAGAAAAUCUGAUGGAUUACAGAGCUCGUGAAUUAGGCCAUCGUGAAAACUUUCGUGGUCUUGGUCUAACGUCAAGAAAGAACUUAUGUUUACAUCCAGUGGUUAGUAAAGAAAGAAAGGGGACCGUGGUGGAUGAAAAAUGUCGAAGGAUGACAAAUGGUGUUGCUAAACGGAAAUUAGAACAAGACCCAAAUGCUGAUGCUGAGCUAUGUGAAUAUCAUGAGAACCUGUACAAGAUGGAAGUGGGAGACUAUCUUCCAAAUGGUGUAUUUUCGUUCGAAAAAUUGAUUAAAUACUGUGAAGAAAGAACUAUAUGCCCAUAUUUUGUUGUUCGUAGAAUGAUUUCCAUGUGCAAUAUCAUGAUUUAUUCAUACCAUUAUUUAUUAGAUCCAAAGAUUGCAGAGAGAGUUUCCAACGAAGUUUCUAAAGAUAGUAUUGUGAUCUUUGACGAAGCACAUAAUAUCGAUAACGUUUGUAUAGAAUCAUUGUCACUAGAUUUAACAAAUGAUGUUCUUAGGAGAGCUACGAAAGGUGCAAAUGCACUUGAGGAAAGAAUUGAUGACGUUCGUAAAGUGGAUGCUCAAAAACUACAAGACGAAUAUGAUAAGUUAGUGGAAGGUCUACAUACGGCAGAUAUUCUCCCUGUUCAAGAGGAACCUUUUGUAGAAACUCCAGUUUUGUCUAAGGAUUUAUUGAAGGAAGCCAUUCCUGGCAAUAUUAGAAGAGCAGAACAUUUCGUCUCAUUUUUGAAAAGACUGAUAGAGUAUUUGAAGACAAGAAUGAAGGUACUGCAUGUCAUUUCUGAAACUCCGAAGUCCUUCUUACAACAUCUCAAACAACUAACUUUUAUCGAUAGGAAACCGUUACGGUUUUGUUCUGAACGUCUCUCUUUAUUAGUUAGGACAUUAGAAGUAACAGAGGUAGAAGAUUUUACAGCAUUGAAAGAUAUUGCUACAUUCGCAACUCUAAUUUCGACAUAUGAGGAUGGAUUUUUACUCAUUAUCGAACCUUAUGAAAUUGAAAAUGCUGCUGUUCCAAAUCCGAUCAUGAGGUUCACUUGUUUGGAUGCAUCUAUCGCUAUCAAGCCUGUGUUUGAGAGAUUCUCUUCCGUAAUAAUUACGUCUGGUACCAUCUCCCCACUAGACAUGUAUCCACGUAUGUUGAAUUUUGAAACAGUUCUUCAGAAAUCAUAUGCAAUGACUUUAGCAAAGAAAUCGUUUUUACCUAUGAUUGUAACAAAAGGUUCAGAUCAAGUUGCAAUUUCUUCUAGAUUUGAAAUCAGGAACGAUCCAAGUAUAGUUCGUAACUAUGGGUCAAUGCUGGUUGAAUUUGCAAAGAUUACGCCGGAUGGUAUGGUUGUUUUCUUUCCUUCAUAUCUAUAUAUGGAAAGUAUUGUUUCCAUGUGGCAAACAAUGGGUAUAUUAGAUGAAGUUUGGAAACAUAAACUAAUAUUGGUGGAAACACCAGAUGCACAAGAGACAUCAUUGGCCUUAGAAACAUACAGAAAGGCAUGCUCGAAUGGUAGAGGAGCAAUCUUGCUAUCAGUUGCAAGAGGGAAGGUCUCAGAAGGUAUCGAUUUUGAUCAUCAGUAUGGGAGAACUGUACUUAUGAUUGGUAUCCCAUUCCAAUACACUGAAUCACGUAUCUUAAAGGCUCGUCUAGAAUUCUUGAGAGAGAACUAUCAGAUUAGAGAAAACGACUUCUUAUCUUUCGAUGCAAUGAGACAUGCGGCUCAAUGUCUGGGAAGAGUUUUAAGAGGGAAGGAUGAUUAUGGGGUCAUGGUCUUAGCUGAUCGUAGAUUUUCCAGAAAAAGAACGCAGUUGCCAAAAUGGAUAGCUCAGGGACUGUCAGAUGCCGAUUUGAAUCUGUCAACAGAUAUGGCUAUCUCAAACACAAAACAGUUUUUGAGGACAAUGGCACAACCAGAUGAUCCAAAAGAUCAAGAAGGUGUCUCUGUUUGGAGUUACGAUGACCUAAUGAAAUACCAAACAGAAAGGAAAGAGAAGCAGGGUGCACAUAAUGGUGUGCUUGUCGAUGGCGACCAAGAUGGAGAUAUUGAAAUGGCAUAG